AAAUAUGCUGUAUUGUCCAGGGAGCGUAUGCUAGAACACAGGCCCAGGAAAGGAGCAGGGUGGUGCUUAUAAUAAAAAGGGGGUGGUUUUACAAUAGACAGUUCAACUUAUUUAAAGCACAAAGCAGAAAAGAGCAUUGACUGUACAGGAAGUGGUGGUGGGGUGGGAGGUAGACUGUUGGAAAAGAAAAUGACGCCUACGUGACACACAAGGGUUGGACAUGACGAGAAGGGGGAAAAGGCCAGAGAGAAGAGAAGAAGCUCCAGAAGACAUCUGGCUUUACUGCUGUUUCAAACUGGAAUAUUUCUUACAAUGGCAAGCCCUUUAAAGGUAUUGCGGUGUUUUGGGCCAUAAUUCUUCUCACUGAGGUGAACUGCGCUGCACUUUAACCUCUAAGAAAGUCAAUACAGAGCAGAAGACCUCUGACUCAACUGUGCUGUCUGUCUCGGGUUUAGAAAGGUGGUGUUAUUAUUCUUGCUGCAGUGGCACCCCUGCUGCCUGAGUACAGAGGAAAUUGUGUGCCGCUGCUGAGGUCAUGGACAAAUUCCUCUUUCUCUACUCUCCGUCUACAUCAGCAGGUGUUAUGGAUCUACAGUAUUUCCUGUGCUGGAGAAUUGCCCCACUGUUUCUCUUGAUGCCAUGUGGGCUCCAUUGUAUGUCAGUGCACAUCCUCAAUGAAGAGCCGGUGUAUGUAAUCCCCGGAUCCAGCCUGGAUCUGAAAGCCCAGAUCAAGCGUGGUCACCUGGAAGACAUCUCCACAAUAACCUGGGAACACGAGCCGGAAACGGGGUUUAAUAUUGAGAGAGUGACACUGGCCACGUGCUCUGGCAGGAGUCUCAAGUGUGCUGGUACGAGGCCAAAUGUCCGUGUGAGCACCGAGCAGCAGGAGACGACACUCCAGAUUAAUGGAUACACCACAGCGGACAGCGGCGUGUACAGUCUGACUGUGACAGAUCGCCAAGGAGCCAACACCUCCACACAAUGCAUCGUCAGGGAAUACGAGGCAGUCCACCACGUCUCCGUCAGCAUUAACGUGUCCCACUCCUUGCUUGUUUGUACCGAGGCCUGGGGGACUGAUCCCAGAUUCAGCUGGCGCCACGAGAGUGCCGACAUCACCAAGGCGGUGGGCAAAGUCUCCAACAAUGGAACAAUAUUAAUUAUUACCAUUUCUCCACUCUGUGGCCACUUCACCUGCAUUGUUAGCAACAAGCUCGGCCAUAGUUCCGCCACCUACACUGCAGCACCUUGUGAGACCGAGAACAGAAGUGCGACGGCAGCUGUAGUCUGUCUCCUGCUCCUGCUGAGUUUAGGAGGAGUGCUCGCAUUUCUGCUGUGGAGGAGGUACAGGCACAAUAACAGAGGAGAAAGGCUGCACGAGCAUUUAGAUGACACCAUCUAAAAAAAAAAGUGCCUGAGCCACAUUAUGCUGCUCAGGUGUCUCAGAGAGGAGAACAGGAAGAGCACUGGCCUAUGGGGGAGGGCCUUCCUGUCCUGUGAGCACUAUGACCUUUCACUGCACUGAAACAAUGUGAAGAGCGAACCGCUUCUGGACAGAUAAAAAAAAAUAUAUAUAUAAAAAAGUGGAUAUGUGGAUUGAAGGGCCAGCCUUAUACUGCCUCCCGCUGGGCUUUACCUGAAACUGUUCAAUAAGCAUUCAUUUUGUAACCUUGUGUUAACUAAGCUGUAUGCUUAAAAUAUGCUGUAAAAUAUUGCCUUUAUGCUGAAAUCCCUCUACGUAAUGUGAUGGAAAUCAACAGAUCACAAAGAUUGUUUAAAUUAACGGUGCUUUUUGUUAUUUUAUUUCCUUCAAGCAUGUAUUUUCACAGAUAUGCGACAAGCUUAUCAGCCUUCCAAUAAAGUUUGAAAGCAGGA